AUUAAAAAUGCUACAACAGCACUCUUACAAUUGUAUUUCAAUGUAUCAUCGGAUGUCAAAGUAUAUGGCUAAUAUUUUUCGGAAUUGCAAAACUAUGCUGAGCUCUUCUUCUUUAUCCAGUGACAUGAUGACAAAUAUGAAAAUGGAUUUGAAAUUAGGAGGAUUUGCCUUCAUGGUGACUUCAUUUAUUUAUUCAAAUGUGAAAAAAUACGUAAUGAAGAGGAGGAAAUAUUGGGGACACAGAGAUGACGAUGAACUAUUACCAGACACAGAUCGUUUAAGUUCGUGUACGACAUGUGCAAAUGCGAGCAAGAAUGUGACCUCAAUGAAUAAACAGACUAUCAGAGCAUUUCAGCCAGCAAAAUAUAAAAACUAUUUCUUGUGCAACGAUAGUGGUAAACUAGUCGUCAGAAAAGUGCUGGACUUCAGGAUUGAUGAAAGAUGUCAUUUUACAGAAACCAACUCCACAGAAUUUAACCCAUGUUGUUCAAAUAUUUACACGUUUCAGUCCAGGAAUGACCAAAACGUAUACUUGGGAGUCCAUGAUGAGAAAACGUUUGGUUUAAUUGACACCAAUAGUACAAGUGCCGAAUGGGAAACAACAUUCUAUUUACGGCGAUGUGAAAAUUCACCAAUAUAUUUUCUUAAGCCAAGUAAAGAAUUGAUUGUCCUGUGCGACAGAUCUAGCGAAGGUGAAUUUAAUUUUACCAUUAUGGAAGAUAAAGUUGCAGCCGAUCCUGAACUUAAAUAUGAUUUCUACGAGAAUCAGGGAUUGGUCAUGAAUGAAAAACCAAUAUUACAGAUGGCGAACUUGAUACCAUUUACAUGUACCAAUUCCAUGAAAGUGGACUCGGGGUUAAAAUAUCAAGCUAGGUAAAAAUUUGUCAUCAUGUUCAAGAAAAUGGAGUGUUACUGCCAGAUGAAGGAAUGGAAUGGUUAACAGCUUAUCACGAAAUUUCGAAAUAAUAAUACAUGUAGAGAUUGUAUUUGUUCUAAAAGCAUUGCAUCUUGAGAAAAAUAAUUUUCUUUUUAAAGAAAAUUUUAGACUUAAACGUGUUCCUUUUUACUUUUUUUUUAUGCAUCCAAUUAUUGGAUGAACUAAUGUUAUAAAUUAUUUGUUGCUGUUUUUCUUUUAUUUUUUGUACAGUUGUAAAUAAAAAUGGCAAUAAAAUACAAAUAAAUGGCAUAUUUUCUUG